GCUCUAUUAGUUUUCCUCUAAAAAACUAAAACCUCACCUGUUUUCUUCAAUGCAAUUUCAAUGUUUCACUCUCCCGGAACAAAUAGCAAAAUUUCAGUGGAGAAUUCGUGAUAGGAGAAACAGCGGGUGGAAAGCAGGCUUCUUUAGUGUUUUUGCUCAGCUUCGGAGAUGGGAGCGUUAGCUCCAGUCUCCCUUUGGAUUCCAGAAGAUGACCUUUUGUUGAAGAACGCAAUCGAGGCUGGUGCCUCCUUAGAAUCUCUUGCUAAAGGUGCAGUGCAAUUCUCCCGAAAAUUCACUGUUCGAGAACUGCAAGAUCGGUGGUAUUCUCUCCUUUAUGAUCCAGUUGUUUCUGAGGAGUCUUCAUCUCGCAUGAUUGAGUUUGAGCAGUCCACUUCCACCAUUACAUCGAAAUUCAGUAGAGCAGGAAAUUCAAAAGAAAACAAAAGUUUGUCUGGGAAGAGAAAAUCUGAGGGUGUCCGUACUUGUUACUAUGCUUCACGUAAAAGAAUUCGCAAUGAGCCCUUUAACUCCUUCCAGCUGGGUUUCCUAAUUUCUCCUGGUGAUAACAAUUAUUUUGGAAACAAAGGUGAAUCUGGAAGCAGCAUGCUAGGAGAAGCAAUCUCUGACCAUUUGGGAUUUCAAGAAUCAAAUUUGGAUAUCAUGCAUUUUCCCUUCCCACAGGUUUUGUCUGAUGGUGAUGCUGCCACCAGAAAUGAUGGUACUGCUCAUGUUUUUCAUACAACAAUGCAUAACCAAAUUAAAGAUAAUUUUUCAGCUCAGGCAGUUAAUAUACAUGAGGACAUGUGUCAUAUGGUUGGGGAGAACAGUUCUUUUGUUCAGAAUGGCCCUGCAAUUGGGGAAUCAUGUCAUGUGGAGGACUUGCCUAUGCAGAACCUGUUCGAAGCUGAUGAUUUAGUGAUGAAAGCAACAUCUACAUUUGAUCAAAUUAACAGUGACCUAGACAAUGUUCAUGCUGAGUUCGUAGAGAACCAGGUUUUCAAUUUACCAAUUGCAGAAUGCGAUGCAUCAUUCCAAAACUUGGAGUACCCAUCCCCACUUCCUGAAAUGUCAAUCUGGAGAGAUGAAGGGCUACCAGCUUCUACACUUGCUAUUGAUGAGUGCCUUAGGGAAGUAGAUCCACAUGCAGGAGAUAGAUGUGUACUUCCUGAUGUUGGUGGUGCUAAGAACAAUGCAUCAGAACAUAACAUUGGCCACAUAGAGUCUCACUUAAACUCAGAGAUGCAGUGUGAUCAAAUUAAAGAUCAAACUGCAAGCACAGAAGGUUAUCUGGUGGAAAUAACCAAUGCUCUAUUAGAUGAUGAGCCUUUUUUCAUUGAUGUCAAUGGAAAAGAUGCAAUAGAGAAGUCUUAUUAUGAUGGUCUAAGCUCACUUUUGUUAACUUCACCAAAUGAUGGUAAUCAAGAUCACAUUCCUGAAAUAACUGAACAGGAGACAACACAAGAUAAGCAACCAAACAUACCAGGUGCAAGCCAUGGGGAAUUGGACAUCAAUGGGAGAUCAUGUAUUGGGGAUUGGAAUGUAGGUUUCGGUUUAGAGGUCCUGAUGGUGACAUCUACAUUAGAUUCAAACAGUCAACAGCCUGAGCUGACUAAUGGUGUCCUAUGUUGCACAUUGAACACUGAGGAUCUAGAAAUUCCAUGCAAUGAUGAUAUCAUCUCCCAGAGCGAGCUUCCCCUAAUUUCAGAUCCCACAGUGCGACAGAGUUUCAAAGAAGCUGGCAAUCCACUAUCUGCAUCUGUUAAGCAUGCUUCUGGAAGUCAAAAUAAUGCUAAAUCUCAAAUAAUAGGAUCAAAGAUGAAACUGGAAAAGGGACUACACCAUGUGAUUGGUGGCUGCAAGGUUAAACCUGAGGACUCCUCACAGAGAGCAUCUAAAGGCGCAUCGUCUGCUUGUUGUGAUUCGACUAAACUUGAUUGCAUUAAUGGUAGCAUAGACACCAUUCGACCUUCAAUGCUGGAGAAUCAGUGCAACGAAAACACACUGCAAAACCAUGAUAGUUACCCUCAGUCAAAUGCUACCUGUGCUAAACAGGAAUUUGAUGCUCCUACAAUGAAUCAAGAUCACCAAGCCUUGGAAGUGGGGCCCGUGGAUAUAAUUUCUACACAAUCUGUAUUUGAACCUUCAACAAAUUUGGAAGGGUUACCCAUUGAAAGCAAUGAUGAUGUACCUUAUUUUUCAGAUGUGGAGGCAAUGAUACUGGAUAUGGAUUUGGAUCCGGAAGACAAUGAUUUAUAUGAUCAGGAAGUUGCUAGGUAUCAACAUGAGGAAACUAAAAGGGCAAUUAUAAGGCUGGAGCAAGCUGCCUGUUCCUACAUGCAUAGGGCCAUUGCGUCUCAUGGAGCAUUUGCUAUUUUGUAUGGUCGCAAUUCAAAACAUUAUAUUAAAAAACGCAAGGUCUUACUUGGUAGAGCAACAGAAGAUUUUGCUGUUGACAUUGACCUGACUAGUGAAGGACGUUCUAAUAAAAUAUCACGGCGACAGGCAAUGAUAAAUAUGGAGAAAGAUGGAUCUUUCCAUCUGAAAAAUCUUGGCAAAUGUUCAUUGUCAGUAAACAGUGAAGAAAUAGCGCCAGGACAGAGUUCAAGCCUUAGUUCCAGUUGUUUGAUCGAGAUAAAGGGGAUGCCAUUCAUUUUCGAGAUAAACCAAACUUGCGUGAACCAAUAUUUGGACAUUAACGUCACGCAUUAGCAUGCCAUCAGAGAUCCAGAACGUGCUCCUUUUUUUCUGCAGUCUCUGGGUUUCUUCUGUGAAAACCAUCUUUAGUUCCGAGAAGGGGCAUUAUUAAAUGUCUUCUGAUAUUACAAGCCAAUUUUCCUACGCAGCAGGAAAAGUUUUUUAUGUGAAGAAAACGUUGGAAUAAAAAAUAUCAAAUGCACCGUAAUUGUGUUGUAUUUUUCUCAGGAGGUAAGAUUUAUUUACACAUAAGUCUUAUAUUACGUAUUUACAUAAAAUUUUAAUUAUUUA